GAUGCCGGCCGGUAAUGAAAUGUAUAAACUUAAAAGCUUUUAGUUACGGAGGGUUAGUAUUAAAAAGUUAAUUGCUUCGAGCACAACACAAACUUGGACCUUUCAGUUCAUAAACAAAUGGCAGUUGCUGCAGGAACUUCAGGAAUUCUAAGGAGGUCUUUACACAAAAUAAUGGCGGAAGGCUCAGUUUCCUGUUCAAAAAAUUUCCCUACAAAGGAGUUUGAAGAAAUUAAAUUUAACGUUCCUUGGGGACAUAUAGCUGGCAAGUGGUAUGGCCCGAGAAAUACACGGCCUAUAGUCGGGUUCCAUGGAUGGCAGGAUAACGCCGGAACAUUCGACACAAUCGCUCCUCUUCUACCAUCACAUAUCGGGUUUUUAGCCAUCGACUUACCUGGCCACGGACUAUCUUCCUGGCUUCCAGAAGGCUGCUCCUAUCAUUCCGUAGACUAUGUAACUUUUGUGCUCACCCUAAUGCGCGAAUUCGGUUGGGAUAAAAUUUCAAUGCUUUGUCAUUCGAUGAGUUCCAUAAAUGGAUUCGUAUUCAGUUCCUUAUUUCCUGAGAAAUGUGACUUAUACAUAGCUUUGGAUAUCCUUAAACCAGUUUUGCAACCAAAAGACAUUCUUGUGAAAGGUGUUGCCGAAAAAUUGGAGACAUUGUUGAAAAUUUCCGAGCGAAAACUUAACAAAUCAGAACCACCUAGUUAUGAAUUUGAACAAUUGGUAGAUCGAGUGCAUGAAGGAUCUGGUAAAUCUAUAAACAAAGACUUUUGCCAAUUUAUUUUGAAACGAAACAUUCAACCAUCGGCAAAAGAUCCAACGAAAUUUUGCUUCACUCGAGACGAACGAUUAAAGUCUUUGCUGUUUUAUGCCCUGCCACAAGAUAUUGUUUGUGAUUUGGCAGCAAGGAUCACUUGUCCUCAUUUAUUUAUUAAAGCCCUACAAGGACCUUACUACGAGCCAAAGUCGAAUUACGAUGAAGUGAUAAAUGUAUUAACAAAGAAACCAACAUUUGAGUACCAUCAGAUAGAUGGAACUCAUCAUGUGCACUUGAAUGAACCAAAGAAAGUAGCUGAUAUUAUUAAUCCUUUUAUCAAUAAGUAUAGACCUCAAUAGGAGGAAACUUGUAUUGUUUUUGUAUAGUAUUUUAGAGAAUUAAGAUUUUUUUUAAUAAACUUAACAUCACGAAUGUGAAUUUUGUGAUAACCUAAA